AUGAGGGGUCUAGCUCGCGGAAAAACAUCCUCAUUAUGUGGAACAAUUAUCGAUCACCCUCGAUCACCCUCGAUCACCCGCUUUCGCGCUAUUCAUACUAUUCCGCAAAUGAAUCUCUUGAUUGUAUCAAUAUCUCCUUCACGUUGUCACGUUGCUCAAUUAUUAAACCAUCCACACAUCACAUUUAUCUUGAUUAUUAUGCCAGAUAUAGCUGCUACCUUCAGUGAUGAUGACCCGCCGGCUUUUGAUAAUUGUCGCAAGGGAACCCCCAAUACUGAUACCAGUGCCGAAACACCUGAUCAACCUUCAUCAACAUCCAUCAGCUUGUCUUCCUUGGCAGAUGUGGUUUAUGAUCAACUUACGGAAACCAAGCCGCCCAUCACUUCAACAACUCUAACUCUGCCUCGUCGUAGAGCCGUUCCGGCGUCUCGCAAUGGCAACAUCUUUCGUGAUGUGGAAGUCUCCGAAGAAGAAAUUGUCACGUUGUCAAGACAGAUUCGUGACACCAAUUUCAUGUUUGCACCAAACACCAGAUCUGUCCGUGGUGGCUGGGACUACCAAGUUAUUGCAUUGGUUCUUGAGGGCGACCCUUUCACCUUCAAUCCAGCGGGCGGCGACUAUCGAAUGAAAGAACGUGUAUGCACAUUCCGGUGUGAUCCAUUCCAGCAACACUAUUUUACUCGGGAUUCAAAUUCUUGGAUUCAGCACAAUAUGACCAUCCUAGGCGACACUGUUCCUAAAUCGAUGAUCGCCAAACAGCAUACGGAGUGGACCUCGAGGCCUAACUUAGCGCGAUCUCAUGCUUUGGAGCGAGUCAAGUCCAACCUUUACGUAGCAGAUUUGUUGAAGGUCUUUGUGCAGGACUUGGAAAAUGUGUCUAAAUCGAAGCGUGGCCAAACUGCUCGCAUCGCCGCAGAAGACAUGCAUAUGCAAAGUUGUAACUUAAAGGUACCACCAAACAGCCUACUUAAGACGUUUGGUCGUACUUUGUCUGACGAGUCCGAAUGGCUUUUGAUUGAUGCACCCCACGACUCAGACAAUGUGCGCUAUCUACACCCUUACAAGUUCAGGUGCGACCACGAGGACAAGUGGAGCAAUUUAGUGCAUGCUUUAGCCCAUUUCGCGUAUCACCGGACUGGAGCUCUUUCGUUAUUGAGCCAAAUUGAUUGUGACAAAUCAGGUAAUUUAUCGAACCUGAUAUGUUUUACCAGAGGGUAUCCGCACGUUGGUAUACCGGGAACCGACAUGGACGAAGAAGUCCACAUGGCAUUUGUGCAUUUCAAAGGUGAACACAAGUGCAACCCAAUUUGUCGCACUCUUGGCCUGUACAAUGUACAAACGGGCUAUCCAGCCAAUCGGUCCGACUAG